UUAUAACAUUCAAUUAUUCAUUGAAACAGAGGUUCCUGAUUUUCAUAACUCAUCGUCAAAGGCUCUAGAAAGAUGUCGACCACUGUUGUAGUCCAGCAGCCGACAGCCGGUUCUGGCAAUCCUCUGAUGGUUACAGGGAUCGAGGGCCAUAGAGACUGGAGCACGGGGUUGUUUGACUGCUUUGACGAUCUCAAGUCAUGUCUCCUCGGUUUCUUCUGCCUCCCUUGUACAGUAUGUUCAGUUGCCUCAAGGACUGGGGAGUGCUGCUGUAUGCCUUACUGUGUUCAGGGAGGAACGGUUGUUCUAAGGAGCAGAAUCAGAACCAUAGGAGGCAUCCAGGGCACGGCUUGUAUGGAUUGUGUGAUUUUGUCGUUGUUAGGACCGUGCGCCGUGUGCCAGAUGCAGCGGGAACUUGAUAACAUGGGAGUCCCAAAAUGAAGAACAAUUAAUCGGAUCACAAUUCAGUGCAUGAUCAUUAUCGUUAAAGGACUAUCUUAUCAGUUACUUUGAUUGUACUUACUGCAAUACUGCUUCCUGUUUUAAACUUGUAUAUUAGUUAUAAAAAAAAACGCUGUUGUUUUAUAUGCUCACAAAACAAAUAUUUAGUUCUAAUUAUAAAAAAAUAAAUAUUAAUAGUACAGAAUAUUAUAAGAAUUAUAUUUUGAUGAUGGAAAAGUGUAUCGUUCACAUGUCAAACUGAAAAUAAUGGUGAACAAGUCUGUUUGUUUUGAUAGGCAAUCAAUUUUUUUUGUAAAUUCAUAAACAGAAACUCCUAAAAGUUAGAAAAUCUUUUUAUUCUGAUUAUAAAACAAUGUAUUUUUGCAAGUAAGUAUGCCAAAACUAUAAAAUUAAACGUUGAGAGUUUGAAAAAUGCUCUUACUGAAAGAAUUAGAAUAGAAAAAUUUCUUUUGUUGAAAAAUUGUAAAUAUGAUGAAUUUGAAAGACACUGGCAGGAAAUAGUUUAAAAACUUUAAAAAUUUUCUUACCGUUACUUAUUCAAUAAAGUGUGUGCCCUCUCAUCUUUUCUCCCUCUCUCAUUCUCGUUUUUUCCCUUUCUAUUUCUCCCUCUCUCUCCACAUAAACUUUCACACUAGUUUAUAUUACCUCUUUGUUUGUUUUUUGCUUUAUUUCAUACUUUCUUGUAUACUUAUUCAUAUAUACGUCUGUUUUGUAUUUGUGUAAUUUGUGUGAAAGUUAAAAUAAA